AUGACACUAAAGGCAGCCGGAUCAAUAGGCAUUUCCAAAGCUUCCCCCCGACAACCUUCAAAUGGGCACGGCUUUCUGCCAUUGGCCACGCCAAAAUCCGAUCCUACUGUGAGCCACAUAGAGUUGACGGAACAAGACAAGGAUGGAAACGACGACUUUGGAUUCUGGAACAUCUGUGUACACCAAGUGAUCCGCGAGCAAUGUCUAAAAUCCCCGGAUUCACCCGCUGUUCAUGCGUGGGACGGGUCUUUCACAUAUGCGGAGCUUAACAGGCUGUCUGAUGGCAUUGCAUCGAUUUUGAACAUUCUCGGUGUCAAGCAAGAGACAAUUGUGCCAAUAUGUACGCAGAAAUCUCGAUGGACAACCGUUGCCAUAAUGGGUGUGCUCAAGAGCGGAGGAGCUUUCUCUCUUCUCGACCCAUCCUAUCCUCAGUCAAGGCUAGAGGAGAUGUGCAAAGAGCUGCAGGCGUCAUUUAUACUCACCAGCGAGGUCUUGAGUGAAAAAUGCUCGCAAUUCGCUUCUGCCCUAGUUGUGGAACAUCUUAACAGUGCAUGGCUGUUGAGCCCCCGCCUAGCCUGGCAGGCGCCAUCUCGACCCGAGGACUCUGCUUAUGUCGCGUUUACAUCUGGCUCAACAGGAAAGCCCAAGGGAAUUGUAAUAGAGCAUAGAUCAUAUUGCUCUGGAGCCCGUUCUCAUCUAAAGGUGUUUGGCAUAGACUCAACUUCGCGUGUUCUGCAAUUCGCCUCUUACGCGUUCGAUGUCAGCAUAAUGGAAACGCUUAGUACGCUUAUGGCCGGAGCGUGCCUGUGUGUCAUGAGUGAAGCUCAGAGAUGUGACCCCAAUUUAUUUGUCGAAUCUUACAAGACACUUCGAAUCUCCCACGCUUUCAUGACCCCAUCUUUCGCAAGAACGGUGCCAUGGAAAGACUGCUCCAACCCUCCACCAACACUUAUUGUUGGUGGCGAAUUAAUGCGUCCCUCAGAUGCCGUGGCAUAUUCGGAGCUUGGUAUCCGUUGCAUGAAUGCAUACGGCCCCGCAGAGUGUUCUGUCAAUGUUUCUGUACAGCCCAAGGUCAAAGAUGGCGUCCAUGCUACAAAUAUCGGAUUUACAACGGGAUCAACGGCGUGGAUUGUCAGUCAAGAGAGCCCAGAACAGCUUGUACCUCCUGGUGCAGUGGGUGAACUGCUCGUCGAAGGACCUAUUGUAGGUCGCUGCUAUCUUAAUAACCCCAGCGCCACUCGCUUAGCAUUCAUUGAGCCACCUUCAUGGUUGCGCCAGCACCGCAAGGGUGCAAAUUAUCAUCAUCGAGUAUACCGAACGGGAGAUCUGGCUUCUUAUGACAUCAAAACCGGUGCUCUUCUUUUACAUGGUCGCAAAGAUGCUCAAGUCAAAAUUCGCGGCCAACGGGUUGAGCUUCAUGAAAUUGAGCACCAUCUCCAACAAACCUUCCGGAACCGUGGUGUCGAGGUAAUUGUCGAAAAAGUUACCUUUACUGAGGAUGAUCUUGAGAAACUCUUUGCAUUUAUCCUCAUGCCCUCCAAUGUGUCUACUUUGAUCACAGACAACAGGGAAGACUGUCUCUUCCUGCCGCCGCAGCCAUCCGACGUCAAGCAAUUUAAAAUGAGCAAGCAACAUCUUCAAUCAUGUCUACCGACCUAUAUGAUUCCAGACAUCUUUGUACCUAUCACCUUCGUUCCUCAAACCCCAUCUGGAAAGACAGAUCGUAAAACCUUGCGAGCACGAGCAGCCAACCUUUCGAAGCAGGAAAUUCAACGUUUUUCCCUUUCGGCCACGGCUGCUAAAACAAUUGUCAUUGCUAAUAACCCCCCCAUCACCCAAGAAGAAUCAAAAAUUCGGAGUCUAUAUAGCAAAGUGCUUCAUAUUCCCGUCGAUCUGAUUGCUAUGAAUGAUACGUUCCUCCGGCUGGGGGGAGACUCGCUGCAGGCCAUUCAGCUAGUUGCCGCCGCCAGGACUGCCGGGAUCACUAUCCACGCCGCUGAUAUACUUUCGUCACAAACCACUCUAGCAGAGCAAUCAAAACGUGCAACAUUUAUGCAGACACCAGAUCAUGCUGAAGAUGCACAAAGGCCCUUUGCUCUCUUGCCUAUGGAGCAGACGCAUGAAAUUCUAGACAUAGCACAAAGGCAGUGUCGAGUGCCCUCGAAGCUACUUGAAGACAUUUAUCCCUGUACUCCAGCUCAGGAGGGCAUGUUCCUCACGUCUUUGAAACACCCAGGCAUGUAUACUGGACAGAUUACGCUUGGUGUUCCAGAUGACGUAGAGUUACCCCGUCUGAGGGCCGCUUGGUUGUCCGUUGCUUACGCAAACCCUGCUCUGCGGACACGCAUGAUACAGACACAAAAGGGACUAAUGCAAGCGGUUAUCGCGGAGGACUUUGCUUGGGAGGCAGAAGAGGCUGGAAGAGAGCUUUGCCACAAUUCGCUGGGAUCCGAGAUAUCCAGCAUCGGUGUGCCCUUGGUCCGAUUUCGCUAUGAUCAUGAUAGCCGGCAGUUGAUUAUGACAAUUCACCACUCAAUCUGGGACGGCUGGUCGCUCCGCUUGAUGCAUGAGCAGUUGGAACGUGCCUACACUGAGCAAAGAUCUCUGACGCGCACCUCCUAUCGUUCCUUCAUUCAAUACACACAAGCACUGCACGGAGUGGAGGAGUUCUGGGCGUCGGAGUUUGCUGGUUUGAAUGCACCAAUAUUUCCGACCUUGCCAUCUUGCACCUAUCAGGCGUCUGCCCAAGUUUCGCAUCGACACGUCGUGAAGGAUCUCGUAUCAAGUGGAAUGGGUGAACAUACAACAGCCACCUAUAUCCACCUUGCCUGGUCGCUACUCAUCGCUCACUAUACGGAUUCGGACGAGACUGUCUACGGGGUGACGGUGAAUGGUCGCAAUGCCUUUGUCUCAGGCAUCGAAAACAUUCUGGGACCCACCAUUGCGACAGUUCCGCUGCGCAUUCUGGUAAAUCAAGAGAACACGGUGAAAGUGGCACUAGAUCAUAUUCAAGGCACUCUGGCGCGCAUGAUCCCAUACGAACAGGCUGGUUUGCAACGCAUCAGCAGAUGCAGCGAAGAUGCCGCUAAAGGUUGCAAGUUCCAGACUUUGCUCAUCAUUGAGGCGCCCGCAGAUGGCGAUAUCCCUCACAGAAACGGAAAGGCUGGGAACUUUCCCAUAUUAGGAGGAACCACUCAGACUGGGAUGGACUACACUGCAUUCUCACCCCACGCGAUGAUGGUUGUCUUCCGUCCGAAUGCUGACAAGACUGUGAUUGCAUUCGAUAUCACAUAUGACGCGCAAGUCGUCAGUUCUGCUGAGGUUGAACGGAUUUCUUAUCAAUUUGAGCAUGUCCUGCGACAAGUCUACAAGCUUACAGGAGAAAAAAUCGGAGACAUUACCCUAGCUGGGCCACGAGAUCUCGAGCAGAUACGAGCAUGGAACAGAAACAUGCCACUGGCCGAUGAGCGUUUAUUGCAGGAUUUGGUAUUCGCCCAGUGUGUCCGUCGGCCCCACGCGUGCGCGGUAGCUUCCUGGGAUGGGUCGUGGACAUAUGAGGAACUCUUGUCAUGGUCAUCAUUUUUCGCUUCCGAGCUGCAGACGCAUGGCGUCAAACGGGGAACCCCCGUGGCCGUGUGUUUGGAGAGGAGCAGAUGGAGCAUCGCAGCCAUUCUGGCCAUUCUACUUGCCGGAGGCACAUGUGUGCUCAUUGAUUUGCGAUCCCCAGGACAACGCAUUCAAGAAAUCCUUCAAAUCGUCGGCGCAACUGUUUUGAUCAAUGAUAAAAAAACAGUCCUAGUGACGUCCGGCCUCUCUCGGACGGAGAUCGAUGUCUCUUUCUUAGCAAACCAAAGAGGCGAUCGGCAGUGGGAAAACACAUUGGAAAAGGAAAUCUGGAAGAACCCGCCAGGCAACCCAGAGGAUCUCGCGUUCAUAAUGUUUACGUCUGGAAGCACUGGCCGCCCCAAGGGUAUUGAGAUGCCCCAUCGCACCCUUGCUAGCAGCAUCUGUUAUCACACCCCGUGCAUGAAAGUCCAUCAGAACAGUCGCGUGCUUCAUUUCUCCUCGUACGCAUUCGACGUCAGCAUCUAUGAGAUCUUCACUACGCUAGCCGCCGGUGGAACAAUCUGCGUUCCAUCCGAGGUCGACCGCAUGAACAACCUUGCUGGCUUUAUCAAUGAAGCUCAGGUCAAUUGGGCGUUUCUGACACCUUCCACUGCCAGAAGUUUGAAACCCUCGGAUGUUCCUUCGUUGACCACUUUAGUGCUCGGCGGUGAAGCAGUUACUCACGAAAGUGUCGAGGCCUGGGCAAAAGGUCGCUCACUCAUCAACGGAUAUGGGCCUGCCGAGGCUACAAUCUGUGGCUUAGGAGAUAUUCCAGAGACCGGAUGGAAGUCAGGCGUCAUCGGUCAAAUUGUCGGUGGGCUAGGCUGGAUCACUGUUCCGUCAGACCCGACCAGACUGGCAGCUGUUGGUGCCAUAGGCGAGCUCCUUCUCGAGGGUCCGUUCUUGGCCCGCGGGUAUCUCAACUUACCAGAGGUAACCAAUACUGCGUUCAUUGGGCUUCCCGACUGGAGGAAUAAGAUCCCUGCUCCGUCUCCUUAUAGACAGAUUUACAGAACGGGUGAUCUUGUCAGCUAUCAGGAUGAUGGAUCAGUUCGGUACAUCGGACGCAAAGACAGUCGCAUCAAACUCCGAGGUCAGCUCGUCGAUUUGAGCGCAGUGGAGGCGAGUGUGGUGCGAGUGUAUCCCUCAGCAACACAAGUUGUCGCUGAUGUGAUCAAUUCCGGCAGCACCACUGUGCUGACUGUGCUAAUGAAGCUCAGCUCACAUGUCACAGAGACAAGAGACGAUGGAAUACUGGGCAAGCCGGACUCGACUUUCAGCGAAGCUGCUUCCUUUACGCAAGCUCAGCUCCGAGCAAUUGUGCCACCUUACAUGGUCCCAUCCAUGUUCAUUCCUCUAUGCCAAGUUCCCCGUACUCUCACUGGGAAGACAGAUCGUCGUCAACUCCGAGAGAAACUCCUCGCAUUAUCACGAGCAGACCUCCAGAGCUAUAACAUGACAUAUUCGACCAAGGUACCCGUGUCCGAUGAAAACGAACAGCGACUCCAGGAGAUCUGGGCAGAUGUCCUUCAGCUCCCAUGCGAGGAGAUUGGGAGGGACGACUCUUUUCUGCUACUUGGUGGCGAGUCUCUAGCCGCGAUGAAAGUGGUGGCGCAGGCAAGGCGAGUCGGAUUCGAGUUCUCGGUGGCAGAAGUUUUGAACAACACGAUAUUGUCCGUCCUCGCGCGCUCAAGAAAUCUGAUCUCGGGACACGACGAACCAAACCAGGUAGCCUUGUCUUCAUCUUCAAUUAUUCAAACCCGAAAUUGCCAGCAAAGCCUCCAAACUCUCAGGAGAAGCAACAUCAUCCAAGAAGAUGACGACAUUCUGGCCGUCCAUCCUGCCAGUGCGGCUCAAGCUCUUCUGAUACAGAGGUAUCCAUGGUCUCACUUUCAGUUUGACCUAUCUGGGAAUAUCGACAUCAGACGGCUUCGAGAAGCUUGUGCUCUUUUGAUCAGCAGGUUUGAUAUUCUUCGUACUGUGUUUGUCGAACAUGAAGACCGGAUAUUGCAAAUCAUGCUGGGGAACUUGCGCGACUGUGUCCACGAGAUCAGAACGGACGAGCCUCUUGAGUCAUUCUGCGAGGCACUCUGUAAGAAGCAGCAGUGUUUCCCUGUUGUAAGCAGCCCGGCACCACCGACUCUGUUUACACUGGUGUCCCACCACCAGCUUAACAGGCAUCGACUUCUUCUCCGCCUUUCCCACGCGCAAUACGAUAUCAUCACGAUUCCCAUCCUUGUGGAUACCUUAGCCAAUGUGUACAACCGCACUGCUGACACGACUCCCUCCUCCCAAUUCAGUCACUUCAUCAACCAUCAGGCCAGGCAAAGCAACGAUACCGAGGCGUCUACCUUCUGGCAAAAAUAUCUGUCAGGCUCAUCAAUGACACCUGCGCUCCAGUCCCAGAGCUGUUCGAACUCCGAAGACAUGGAAAUUAUCUCUCAGGUCACUGGAUCAUGCAAUAUUACACUCGGGCCAAUCCUCGUCGGUAUCACAUUAGCCACCGCUGUCAAAGCCGCUGUUUGCCUCGUCCUGGCUUCACGAACGGGCCGAACAGACAUCGUUGUUGGUCAGACAGUUGAUUGCCGUAGCAGUUCUACUCACGGCGACCUCGACCAGAUCGUUGGCCCCUGUACCAACUACAUCCCCUACCGUCUCAACGUUUGUUUCGAUCAAGUGGCGUCGGAGUACCUCCUCACCGCACAUACCCAGCACACCACAUCUCUCAGCUACUCUUCUCUAGAUUUGAACACAAUUGUCUCAAAAUCUACCACCUGGCCCAACAGUAGUCAUUUCAACUACGUUGUCCAGCACCAAACAGUCAACACAGACUUGACUCUUUCCCUUGGAAAUGUUGUCUCGUUGCCUAUGACAUCUUGCGGCCGCAUAUUUCCUCAAUCGGAGGUCUGGAUCGGCUCGACGCCCGACGCUUCAGGUCUCAAAAUUGAUGUCAUUGGAUUGAGCACAGUCAUCAGCCAAAAGGAUGCUCAGUCCCUGGCGGAGCAGGUGUGCAUGGCAUUGAGCGGGUUGCUUCAUCGUGAUGACCGGCCUAUUUCUGAUUUGAUAGACAAUACUUCGGCCUGGUAAUAGACUGAUAGUUUACAUAGGAUUUAGAACCUCAUGGAACUUAAUGACACAAUAUGGAAAUACAAAUUCU